UAGUGGGGAACGCUGUUUCGAGUUAAUACUGUGAAUCAGUUAUUUAGCACCUUUGUAGUGACAGUUGGUACGGAGAGGAUAACUCCGUGAUGGGAGAAGUCACUAUGGAGCUCGCGAGCUCUUAGUUAGACACCCCUGAUCUAUGUAAUAUUAGGCAGUGUAUACAUGUAAAUAUAUACAUAUGAAAAUAAUUGAUAUAUAUGACAACUUUUAUUUGUAAUUAUUAAAAUGUAUGUGUUUAAUUUUUAAUCUUUAUUUUGUACUAAAAAUUUAAAUAUCCCUAGCAUGUGUUUAUUGAAUUUAUGGUGACUUUAAAGAUUGGUAUCUAUAAACUCUGUUUAUAAUUAUUUUACACACAAGUGCAAUCAUGUUAACAGGGUGGUUAAUUAAUAGUUUUCGUUCAACUUGUAAUCAAAUCACUGGAUCCAGUGUGACUCAUUUAUUUGCACAAACACGAAAUUAUGCAGCUAGAAAAGGUACAAGACUAAGGAAACAAAAAAUAAUAGCUGCAAGAACAGCAGCUAACAUAAAAAAAAGAAAUGCCUUACAAAGGAAAAGACUGGAAGUAAAAAAAGUAAAUCCAUAUUUAUUCAUAGAUGAUACACAUAGAAAGGAUGUAGUCGAUAAUGUAUGGUUUAUUAAAUAUUUUAAGAGACCAGUUUAUUCUUUUAAACAAGCUAUAGAAUGUCAUCGUGAAACACAUCAUCCUAGUAUGUAUAAUAUACCUGAUGCAUAUGUUAAUGCUGUUUUUGAUUUAAAUUUGCAGCGUGAAAAGAAAACAAGAUUUCUUGAGAAAUUUACAAAAUUAAUAGAAUUACCUCAUUUAUUUGAGGUUCCAAAAAAGAGAACAGUUUUAGCAUUUUGUAAAGGAGAAAAGGAGAUUGAGAAAGCUAAAGUAGCUGGUGUUGACUAUAUUGGUGGCAUUGAUCUCAUCAAACAGAUUCAAAAUGGACAUUUUUCCUUCCAAGAAUAUGACUAUGUAGUAGCUCAUAUGAAUAUCAUACCUGAAUUAUUGUUAAUUAGGGGAUUAUUAAAAAAUAAAUUUCCAAAUAAGAAAACGGGUAAUAUGGGUGACAACAUAAGUUAUCUUGUUAAAAAAUUUAAACAUGGAGUUGUAUAUUCUUUAGUGCCAGAUAAUGACUUUAAACAAUAUGGAAAAAUUGAUUGUAUUUUUGGCAAGCUUAAUAUGGAUAUAAACCAUUUAGAGGAGAAUUUCAAAUGUCUUAUUCAAGAUAUUAAUUUAGUGAAACCAAAGAAAGAUGGAAUAUUCUUUACUAGAGUUCAAAUUGCGAGUUCACCAUCUCCUGAACUGUUCAAAAUUGAUGUUCAAAACUAUGUUUCUGAAAGUACUGAAGAAGAAGAGGAAGAAGAUAAUGUAGAGGAUGGAAUUAUUGCUACGCAAUAAGUGUGCAUUGAAUAAAUAAAAUAAU